CCUUCUAUCUCGUUUGAGUAUAGUAUUGAUUAGAGGUCGACCGAUUCAUUGGAAUGGCUGAUUAAUUAGAGCCGAUUUCAAGUUUUCAUAACAAUCGGAAAUCUGUAUUUUUGGACACCGAUUUGGCCGAUUAAAAAAAAAAAUCUUACACCUUUAUUUAACUAGGCAAGUCAGUUAAGAACACAUUCCUAUUUUCAAUGACAGCCUAGGAAUUGUGGGUUAACUGCCUCGUUCAGGGGCAGAACGACAGAUUUUCACCUUAACAGCUCAGGAGAUUUGAUCUUGCAACCUUACAGUUAACUAGUCCAACGCUCUAACCACCUGCCUCACGAGGAGCCUGCCUCAUACGCGAAUGCAGUAAGCCAAGACAAUGCCGGGGGUGAUAAAUAUGGACGAGUUGACAGACGUGGAUAAGGCUAAAAUGGAAAGAGACCAAAAGAAGAUUGAAGUCAAGCUUGAGAGAUGGAUGACGUCUAAGUGCUGCACUGAGUUUAUGGAGGCAGUUCAGGCCGGUGUAGAAGAGGACACUCUGGUCAAAGGCAUCGCAGAAGACAAGAACCCAUUCAAGGAGUUGAAAGGUGGAUGUGUUGUCUGCUGAAGAGGACAGGAGUCAGAACAGACAGUGGAGAUUUUCAUUCACUGAUUAGACCCUCUCUAGUGCCCAAGGACAUGCCCCCUUCCUAGGAAACAUAGCUGGAUCAGCAAUAGCUAACCGAGAGGCGAUGGUAAAAAACAAACAGAUGUAAAUAAAUCUAAAUCUCAUGAAACCAUGUAAAUGAAUCCUUCUAGAUUGUGAUCCCUCCUUGGAGUGAUGCAGAAAAUAAGGGUUGUUUUUGGAAUGAUUGUCAGAGGUUUGUUGGAUGGUUAAUAUUGUCAGUAAAGAGCUUGUCUCCCAUGAGACUGUCUAUAGUCUGAUUGUGCACCAUCUAUCUCAUUAUUGGA